AUGAUGCUCGAUGAAAUGGAAAACGAGGGUAAGUCGGGACCGGAGACACUCAAAAAAUUAAUUGUUAGCCAAUUAUUUUCGAAGUAUAAUUCUGAACUUUUCCAAAAAAUUCCGAUCCUUCUUUGUGUCGGUUAAAUCAAGUCGAUUUAUCACACCAUAGUUCAAAAAGUGUUUAACUAGCUAGUUUAUGCAAAUUAUUUCUGUGCCCAUAUGUCAUGCACAUAUAAACCGUGUUUUUACAUUUAUUUUCAAAAAUUCCGUUUGCAGCGAUGGUAAAAAUUGAUGUGCUGAAUGAUAGUCGAGUGACUCGAAAAACUUCGAGUUUUGUAUUUUGGAAUCGUGCCAGAACAUUUAUUAUGAUUUUGAGUUUGAUUUGUUUGACAUUAUCGCAAAUUAAUUCACUCACGUUUACGUUUACUGUUAUUUGUAUGGAAGAUGUUGUGGAAGAACAUCAUCGGACAAAUCAAACAGGUAAGGUUUAAUUUUAAAAAAAUAUCCUGACAUUUGAUCCGGUUCUAAUCAAAACAUUUCUGACACCAAAAACUAUAUUAGUCAACAAAAAUUCAGCCCUGAAAAAUCCAAGAAAAAAUAGGUUUCAAAAAGAUGUGAUCAUUUUUCUAGAUUUUUUGAAAAUUGCUGAUAAAAUGCAGGAACUUUCAGGUUUGCAUUUCAUGGAAUCGAACUCUCAUAAAUCGAUGUUAUUCUCCGGAACUGCUGUUGGUGCAAUGCUUGGUCUUGUUCCAUCAGUUCCUUUGAUUGCUCGAUUUGGUCCUCGAAAUAUCCUGACACUUUCAGGAAUGAUAUCCGCGUUUGGAUCUUUACUCUUCCCAAUUGCAGUCUCACUUCAUUAUUAUCUUGUAUUUUUCUGUCGUGUUCUUCAAGGCAUCGGAAUUAGUACAAUAUUCACAGCAGUCGCUGUUAUUCCAGUUGUCUGGUCGCCAAAUAAUGAAAUGGGCACAUUUCUAGCAGUUUUGUCAUGCGCACUUCAAGGUGGAAGUGUUAUUUGUAUGGCUGUUAGUGGUGUUUUAUGCACAAGUACUUUUGGAUGGAGAUCAAUUUAUUAUAUUUUUGGAAUUGCCACGUUUUUCUCAUAUAUUGUAUUUUUCUUCAGUUAUAAAGACACUCCACAUGUUCAUAGGUAAGUUUGAACUACAUUAUCUACCUCACAAAAAACAGUUUUUUUCAGAAAUGUUUCUGAAAAAGAGCUUUCCCAUAUUCAAACCGGAAAAAUCAAAACAAAAGGUCGUGAACCUGUUCCAUACCGUGCAAUUGUUUCCGAUCCUUGUGUUAUCACAUGUCUAAUAUCUGUAUUUGGAGGAAAUCUUGGUUUCUUCAUUCUUGUUUUAUACGGUCCAACAUAUUUGAAAAAUGCGCUUGGAUUCGAUGUCGAGAAAACUGGUUUUGCGAGUUCAUUUUCAUUUUUCCUAUCAGCUGUCGCAAAAAUUAUUGCUGGUCAAAUAUCAGAUCGAAUGGAUUAUGUAUCGGAAAAGACUCGAUUUAUAAUGUGUGCCGCAGUUUCGCAAGUUGGAAUGGCUGCUGGAUAUCUUGUUAUUAUGGCAAUUACAGAAGAUCCAACGAUUGCACAAAUUGCAUAUAGUUUUGCAAUUGUUUGUUCAGGAAUUAAUGUGAUGGGAACUGUAAAAUGUUUACAAUUAGUGAGUUAAAUUCUUUGAUUUAAAAAUUUUUUUUUCUUUUUCAUUGCAAUUCCAAAAAUCUCAAAUUUUCCAGCGUUGCCGUCAACAUGUUCAUUUCGGAAUCUCAGUUGUCUCAUUCACUGCCAAAUGUUAUUCAAUUUGUUGGUCCCAAUUUGUGUCAGUUAUCUUGUCCCAGAUAAUUCAGCCGCUCAAUUUGCUCUACUUUUCUAUAUAAUCGCUGGUAUUAUAAUAAUAGCAAAUAUUCCAUUUCCAUUUUUAUCCACCGCCAAACCAGGGUUCUUAUGUUUAUCGAGAAACUUCCAAAGAUAA